AUGGCUUAUACUGAAGAACAUAAGGUUUUGUUCAGUACUAACAUGUUGCUUGAGGAAGCUGAAAAUUGGUCGAAUAACAGUCACCAGAGACUAGAAGUUGUUAGUGUUGAGAUCACUUGGACUGUGUUCAGGGGGCAAUUCCUAGAGAAAUACUUUCCUGGAGAUGUGCGUAGCAAGAAAGAGAUUGAAUUUCUCAAGCUUAAGAAAAGGAACAUGACGGUUUCUGAGUAUGCCGCCAAGUUUAAGGAGCUAGUGAAGUUAUGUCCUAAUUACAAUUGUGCAGCUGUGGAGGGAUCCAAAUGCAUUAAGUUUGAGAACAGACUACGAUCUGAAAUAGAGCUAGGUAUUGGUAACCAGGAGAUUCGUAGGUUUCCUACUCUAGUGAUAUUACAGGGGAUGUAA